AUGGUCGCAGGAGGCUUUACAAUGGCUUCAAGCUUAGAGCUGUUGAUUCGUGACUCAUCAUAUGAUCAGCUCAUCUCUGCCGUUACUACCUGUGUGCUUCCUGCUGGGGCCAAUCUGAUUCAAAUUACUGAAGGGUGCGUGUGCCUCAAAGUUCAAGUGGAUAGUGUAUCAACUCUGGAUGUUUUGUGGCAAUUGUACCGGGAUGGGACGUUGAAAGCCCGCCUUCAAGCCUUGUUUGUCACAGACGAAAUGCGAGGACUUGCUAGAGGGGAGGAAGUGGAAGUAAUUGUAACCAUCGACGAGCACGAGUACGAGAAAACAAGAAACAAGUUGGCUAGUGAAGCCCAAGGUGACUAA